AUGGAACUGCGAUGUCUUCUUCAGCUUGUUUUCGCCGCCACCGGCGCUCUCGCCAUGGGAUCAGACGGGCGUGCGGGACAUGGGUUGAUCGGAUACGGCAUCAAAAUGUUCGACCCAGCCUGUGCUUUCGCCUGCCGCGAUGCCAUCUCCGGAGCGACACUCGGCUGUUCUACCGUCAGUUCGGGCGAUAUGGGUGGCAUGUCGGGAAUGAGCGGUAUGGUCAUGACGGACGCCCAAUGCUAUGCCACCGACGACGCCUUUUUGGGAACUCUUGCCUGGUGCAUUGCUUCCAGGUGUGAGGGUAUCCCAAAAUGGAGGCUAGAAAAGUACUGGAAAGACAACGUUGCUGGGACCGCCGCCGUGCAGCCGGACCCGAAGAUAACGUUCCAGCAGGCACUGGCUGCUACCAACGGCACCCCUGCCACGGUAUAUGCCGCCACUGGACCGUUGAACAAGACAAGCUUGGUAUCUCAAGAUCUUUGGUACGCAGCUUAUAACACCGAUGUUGUGUUUGAGGGCCAGGAGAGCAUGCAGGAAAAGUACGGUCUUGUCAUCCUUCUAUCCGGUGUUGCAGUCCCUAUAUUCUUCUCUCUUCUGCGCUUCGUGCCGUUUCCGGCCCCAUGGCGCUCCAAGUUCAACGCAUGGGUAAUUGACCCUCCGCUAUUUGGAAGCCGUCACGACACGCCUGUCUGCUUCGGCCUUUUGAUGAUGCCUAAAAGGGGUCAGGCUCUGUUCGUUUUCUACUUUAUAGUGCUCAACACGGUGCUCUCUGCCGUUAAUUAUGAAUACGCAAACCCCAACACGUGGUAUCCCGACAACCGCUGGCGCUGGAUGUGCAUGUUGGUCUCCAACCGCCUCGGGCUGCUCAGCUUCGCCAACCUGCCGCUAGUUUUUCUAUACGCGGGACGGAAUAAUCUUCUUCUCUGGCUUACUGACUGGUCUCAUUCUACUUUUCUCUUGAUCCAUCGAUGGAUUGCUGCGAUAGCGACUUUGCAAGCCAUCUUACACAGCCUCAUCUAUCUAGACGUCUAUGUCAAGAACGGCACGCACGCUUCCGAGUCAAAAGAACCGUACUGGUACUGGGGUGUGAUCGCCACAGUGAGCUUGUCUGUUCUUUUCCCCGCGUCAGUCAUACCUAUUAGAAGAAAACUCUACGAACUGUUUUUGUCUUGGCAUGUUGUCAUUUCCAUUCUGGUUGUCGCGGGCUGCUAUUGGCAUAUAGUUUUCGCCUUCAGCCACAAAUGGGGCUACGAGGUCUGGAUAUUCGUGUGCAUGGCCGUUUGGGGUUUCGAUCGUGUUUUUCGGUUCUUGAGGCUGGCACGAAACGGGGUCAAAACGGCCAUGAUUACCGUCAUUGACGAGGAGUAUUGUCGAGUCACGAUUCCGGGGGUCUCCGCGUCCGGCGUCGCAUACCUCUACUUUCCGACGCUCACUUGGCGCGUGUGGGAGAACCACCCGUUCUCCGUUGCAUCUGCCGUCAUAUAUCCGCAGAGGCCUCGUGAAGAGAGCAUCGCAAAAGAAAGCAAAGAUGAUGAGAAACGCAUCACAACCGUCACCUCGGCCGCAUGCACUUCCUCUCGUUCCGAUGAGCGCCACAGCAGCAGCUCUCAGUUUUCGAGAGAGCCUCCUCAACUAGGUGUUACAUUCUACAUUCGCAUGCAGACAGGUCUUACUUCGCUGCUUCGUCACCGCGAUUCAGUGCCUGUUCUCAUAGAGGCGGGAUAUCCAUCGCACUCACCCGUAUCCGAAUCUCUGCACAAAUCACCGACCCUUGUUGCGCUUGCUGGAGGUGUCGGUAUCACCGCUGUUCUACCACACUUACAUAGCCAUCCGGGCCAAGUUAGACUGUAUUGGGGCUGCCGGACCCAGGCUCUUGUAGAUGACGUGGAAAGCACAAAUGCUUUAUCUGGUGUUGACAAGCAGUUGUUCGUCGGCAAACGGAUGGCCGUCAGGGAAAUUUUGGAAAGCGAGCUUGCCGGGGUCAAGGGUGAUGUCUGCGUGGUUGUUUCUGGGCCAGAGAGCCUGACUGAUGAAGCAAGAAGCGUAUUUUCCGAGAUUGUAAGGAAGGGAAAGGGGACCAGAGCAAGACUUGUUGUAGAGUCGUUUGGGUGGUAG